GGAAAUUUUAUAUAAAUUGCAUGAAUUGAAAAAUAUUUCGAAGUAAUCGGAUUAAUGAACAUAUAAAGUUGCAUUCCUUGCACAGAUUUAUUUACCUGUGCACAUAUCAAUAAUAUUUUGAAAAGAAAAGGGAAAAAACGCAAUAAUAACAAAAACAAGAGAAACAAAAAAAUCAUUUAUGUAGUUUAUUUUUGUCAUUUAAAAGUGGAAAGAACCGCACGUACUGCGAAAAAUAAAAGCGACACUAAUUUGGAACCGCAUAAUUAGGCAUUCAAGGUAUAAAAAAUUCAUUACACUACGGAUUGUGUACAAAAUUCUUCAAAGAAUAUUAACAAAAAAAAAAUUCAAAAUUGAGAAAAGAGAAAAAAAACACACAACUAAAACUAGUGUAAAUUCAAGUUUGACAAAAAAAAAAAAAGAACACAAAACGAAAAACAUUUCAAAAUAGUUUAAAAAUUUUUCACACAGUUGUCGCUCUUCUAUAUAAACAUAACCUUAACAAUUUCGAACACACGAUAUUGACAACACUAAGUAUAAAAUAAUACACAACACAAAACUCGUAAUGCAGUUAUUUGGCUUCAUUUAAUUCAGAAUUCAAAGAUGUCAUGAUGGAUUCUUUAACACAUGAAAAGAUUUGACUAGUAUUUUUGUAAUUAAUGGCAAAAUAUAAAAUGAAAAAGUCUUAAAUGAAAUUAUUAAAUCAACUUUCAACUGUAGUAUUAAGAUACUGUUAAAAUUUGGGGAGAAAAACUUCAACAAAUAACAAAAAAGAAGAACACUAAUUUUAUUUCGUGUUUUUGGAAUAAAUACUCCGAAAUUAAUUUAGCACAAUUCAUUUGAACUGCCAUCUUCUUUUGGUUUACAUACAAAAAAGAUGGCGGAUCUAAGAAAGCUACGACACCAGUUUUUAUUGAUUCUAACAUUAUUAAUAUCAAAUAUAUCUGCUGAUAGUGUACAACAUGUUAGCGAUGACGAUGUUCAUCUAGGUGGUACAAAUGGAGGAAGCAUUGGGAGUGGUAUAAUGCAUUCAAGUUCAGGUGGUAUGCAUUCAGAUAUAAUGCACUCAGGUGGAACACCAUCACCAGCACUUGGCGUACCAAUAAUGCCAAGCGAAAAUUCAAAGUGUGAAGUAAUAACAACACCAAUGUGCCGGGGCAUUGGUUAUAAUUUAACAUCAUUUCCAAAUGAAAUGAAUCAUGAAACACAAGAAGAAGCAGGCCUGGAGGUUCAUCAAUUUUGGCCAUUAGUUGAAAUAAAAUGUUCACCAGAUUUAAAAUUCUUCUUAUGCUCAAUGUAUACACCAAUUUGUUUAGAAGAUUACCAUAAACCGUUACCAGUAUGCAGAUCAGUUUGUGAACGUGCACGAGCUGGAUGCGCACCGAUUAUGCAACAAUAUAGCUUUCAAUGGCCGGAAAGAAUGGCUUGCGAAAAUUUACCAUUACAUGGUGAUCCAGAAAAUUUAUGUAUGGAACAACCUAGUUAUACUGAUGAAGGUGGCGGUGGAAGUCAUUCUGAAAGUGGCCGAGGUAGUAUGGGCGGCAGUGGUGGUAGUUCAUCCAAGGCGACAAAGAAACCCUCAUCACAAAAAUGUAAAGGUAAAAAUUCAAAAAACUGUCAAAACACCCCAGGAAGCGAAAAAACAACAAAGGAAUGCGCGUGUACCUGUCGAGCACCACUAGUGCUCCUGGGGAAGGAAAACCUUUGGUACAACACAACAGUAGGAAAGGUCGCCGGCGUACCAAAUUGCGGGAUCCCAUGCAAGGGCCCGUUCUUCACAAGCGAAGAAAAGGAGUUCGCAAACAUAUGGAUAGCACUGUGGUCGGGCCUGUGCUUCAUCAGCACCCUAAUGACACUGACCACAUUCAUCAUAGACACGGAAAGGUUCAAAUACCCUGAGCGGCCAAUAGUUUUCUUGUCAGCAUGUUAUUUUAUGGUAGCAAUUGGUUAUUUAUCGAAAACAUUUAUGGGAAAUGAUGAAAUUGCUUGUGAUGGUAGAGUUAUAAAACAAUCAUCUACAGGACCAAGUUCCUGUACGUUGGUGUUCUUAUUAGUAUAUUUCUUUGGAAUGGCUUCAUCUAUUUGGUGGGUUGUCCUGUCUUUCACAUGGUUCUUAGCAGCUGGUUUAAAGUGGGGUAAUGAGGCGAUAACUAAACAUUCACAAUAUUUCCAUUUAGCUGCGUGGUUAAUUCCAACUAUACAAAGCGUAGCAGUUUUACUGUUAUCGGCGGUGGAUGGUGAUCCCAUUCUUGGCAUUUGCUACGUUGGGAAUAUGAACGUUGACAAUUUAAAAACAUUUGUUUUGGCGCCACUUUUCGUGUAUCUUGUUAUCGGCACAACAUUCUUAAUGGCAGGAUUUGUGUCUCUAUUUCGAAUACGGUCUGUAAUUAAACAACAAGGUGGUAUUGGAGCUGGUGCAAAAGCUGAUAAAUUAGAAAAAUUAAUGAUUCGAAUUGGUAUUUUCUCCGUCCUAUAUACUGUCCCAGCAACAAUUGUAAUCGCCUGCUAUUUGUAUGAGGCAGCAUAUUUUGAAGAUUGGAUACAAUCCUUGGCUUGUCCAUGUUCCACCGCAACUGGACAUAGACAAAAACCUUUAUACUCAGUAUUAAUGCUUAAAUAUUUUAUGGCGCUUGCUGUUGGCAUCACUUCAGGUGUAUGGAUUUGGUCUGGUAAAACAUUGGAAUCUUGGAGAAGAUUCUGGAGGAGAUUGUGUGGGGUACCUGACCGUACAGGUGCCAAUCAAGCAUUAAUCAAACAAAGACCUCCAAUACCACACCCAUAUGCUGGAUCAGGAAUGGGAGUACCUGGUUCGGCAGCUGCAUCGUUGUUAGCAACACCAUACACACAAGCUGGGGGCAGUGUUGCCUCAACAUCACAUCAUCAUUUACAUCACCAUGUGUUGAAACAACCGCCAGCUAGUCAUGUAUGA